AUGUCGAGCGGGUCGGCUCAUCAGCCCGUCGCGCUGACAACAUCGCGUUCGAGCGCGCUCCUGGCCUCGACAUGGCUUUCUUUGUCCGUCGCAGAUGUCACGUUAGACGAGAAACUGAAGACAGUGACUCCAAAAUCCCUCUUUCUCCGCCUUUGCGAGCAGCUUGCACGACCCGAGCAAGAAUUAGAAAAGGAAGACCAAGAAGAUUUGGAAAUGAUCAGAAGAAGAGCCGUUUUCUUGAUCUUGAGAAUCUGGGCGAGACAGAAGUGGAGCUUUGACUGGCUUCAUAAAAAUGUACCGCUGAAGGAUCAAGCGCACUUCUUCAGGGACAGGAAUAAAGGGACUGCCCGAAAUCUAUUUGUUCGAACUCUGAAAAGAACUUAUGCAAAUUUAUAUUCGAAAGGAAUUGAGGAAGAUGCGAACGCUCUUCUUUCAGACCAUCACUUAUUCGCAAAUCUUUUCAAAUUGCGAUGGGAAGUGCAGGUUGGCUUGAAGCGUCACUUCGUUCGUAAACCACCAGGGCCGGUGGUCCCGACAGGUUCUAGCGGAUAUCAACGAUUUGCCGGGUCGCUUCCGCCAGACUGGAGCGCGCAGAACGAAAUUUACGACAAAAUGGGAAAGAAAGAAACGCUCCAAGCGAACAUUGACAAGCUGAAGAAAAUGCAGAGCGAAAUCCGGUGCGCGAUUCAUUUGCCUUCCGAAGAACAGCUGAUUGGCGACCUCUGGGAAGGAGAAGAGCAAGCUAAAGGGUUGAAAAUUCCACUUGGCGAGCUUCAGGCGCAGAUCUCUUACGAACUAGCCGAGAUUUCGAUGCUGCAAUUGAAAUUUAACGAAGCAAAAACCUACUUUUCGAAAAUCGAGGAGACGCUUAAAACGAUCGAUGAAAAGAUCUUCAUUUCCUUCGACGCAAGAAAACUCGACGGAUUCUCCAAAGCAUGCAAUUCUGUCUUGGCAAAACGAUCCGGGCAAGAUACUGAUCCUUACAGUUCUAAAUCCGCGCAGGAACUGGCGGAAAUCAUGGCGGAGGGAAUACCGGAGAUGAAUGAAAUGGCGAGACAGAGUGUCCUGGAGAAGAUAAAAUCCUCUACGGGCAGAGGAAAAGCUGUCCAUCUUCGAUCGGCGAAGUUUUAUUAA